AUGAGCUUGUACGGAUUUCUGAGCAGUCUCACCGAGCAGAGAUAUAAAGCAGGGGGUUUAACCGUAAUUUAUGUGCCGAUUGAAACAAAUAAUCUGACGGUGACAGAAGCCUGCAGCAAUAAAGAGCUGAUGGACCGGCUGGAGAAGCUCAUUUUUCUGUGGACCAAACAAAUAAGACUGGCGCUGUCAGAAUCCGAGAGUCAGAUAAUUAAUGCCCGGUUUACAUGCAUUAUUGAUGAACAUAAAUUCUGGACAACACGCUGGACUAAUUUGCGGGGACUGAAUCACCAAAUAAAAAGCGCACAAGUUCAACACAUCCUGAGCAUCCUAUCACAAGCAAACUCUGGUCAAUUGGAGCAGUUUGUGCUGCUGAAUAAUGAGAUAGAGCUCCGUACAAAAGAAGCUGAGACAAACAUCGAGUUUUUGGAGCUAUUGAAAGCUCCUUGCGAGGACUUGAACGAAAUAACGAAACCCGAAGACCUUCUGGAGCUUCUGCCAAAAGUUUUGCAUGUCUUCCGCUACAUUUGGCUCAACUCCACGUUCUACGGCGAGCGAGCCUAUCAUUUGAUGAAAAUGAUCAACAAUCAAGUGAUAAACCUGAAUCGCGGAUUCGUCAACCUGGACGACAUUUUCGAGCACAAGAAGACGCGCGAAGGGAUAGAAAUUCUUGAAAAGUGCAUUGGAGCUUGCGAAAAUUACAAAGAUCUCUAUUCGAAGGCAAUUUUAAUCAUAAAUCUAUUAGCUCGUUCGUGUGCUAUCAGAUAUAAGCAGAGUCUCUCUUUAAAAUGA